CAGACUUUAGUAGUGUUAGUUGUACUCUUAGAGCUGAUGCACACCUGGGUGGAUGAUGGCAGACAACUACCAGUAUCGUGUUUUCAUUAAGAGUAACAGCAUUCUCUCAGAUGAAAAAAAGAAGAAAAUAGAAAAUUAUUUACAAGUUCGGCGCAGAUCUGGAGGAGGAGAAUGUGGACCACUGACAGCUGUGGCUGAUGACACCUACUGUGUAGCCUUUAAAGAUCCAAAAGCACAACAAGAGGUACUGGAAAGACGUGAGCACACAGUAGAGCUUUCAGAUGGUCCUCUGGUGUUUAUUGUCAGCCCACCAACUCCAGACUUCACAAGAAGAAUCGUGAUUUUGGGAAAAACUGGAUCGGGAAAAAGCAGCCUUGCAAACACCUUGUUUGGGAAGGAUGUGUGUAAACCAAAUCAUUCUGCAGUAUCUGGAACACAAAAAUGUGAAGCAGUAAAAGGAACAGUCAAUGGGAAAAGCAUAAAACUCAUUGACACUCCUGGUUUUUUUGACACAGUUAGAAGUGACAGUGAGAUGAAGAAUGAAAUCUUAAAAUGUUUUAUUGAGAGUAUUCCUGGUCCUCAUGUUUUCAUAAUUGUACUCAGAGUGAGUAAAUACACACAGCAAGAGAAGGAGAUCAUUAAGAAGAUGACUGAUUAUUUCUCGGAAGAGGCUCUAAAGUUCACCACAGUGCUUUUUACUCAUGGUGACCAGCUGCCCGAAGGAACAACAAUUGAGGAGUUUGUCUGUAAGAGCAAAGAUUUAGAUGAACUUGUAAAGACAUGUGGAGGCCGCUGCAACGUCAUUGAUAAUAGAUACUGGAAGACGACUCAGGAUGGCUACAGAAACAAUCAGUUCCAGGUUAAAGAGCUUUUAAACACGGUAGACAGGGUUAUUGAGGAGAACAGUGGUCAGCCCUACACCAAAGAGAUGCUGCAGGACUUAAACACAGAUAUAGAAAAAGAGCAGGAACGCAUUAAGGCAGAAAGUCCUCAUCUUGCACAAAAUGAGAUUGAAGAAAAGGCUAAAGCUGUGGUCCAGCUGAACUGGGCCCAGAAAUGUUUAAAGGCCACUACAGAUGUCUUGCUUAAAUCAUUUCUGAGCGGUGGCUCCUACUACUACUGAGGACAGCGGAGCAAAUACAUCUGGGAGUAAGGACAGGUGUUAGAUUAGCAGGUCCAAUCAGUAAAACCGGAUUAGUUGGAGAAAUAGGUCAGUCUGGAAAGGAAGAAAAGCUUCAGCAUAAAAAAGUAGCUGCAGUAGAAGAAGCAGUUGGAGGAGUUGGAAA